AUGCCCCCCCUCCCCCUCCCCUCUCCCUCCGCACCCCUCCUCGCCUCGCCUCAGCUGGCCGUAUCCUUUCGAGCAUCUUUAGACGACCAUUAUUCGCUAACCAGACCUGUGUCUUGGGCAGAGACUCAGACGAGAGGCGUCAACCAGUUGCUGGCUGACCUGCGUCGAGCCUCUCUAGCUUCGUCCAACCACACCCUCUCCUCGGCUCCUACCUCCUCCGCCUUUGCGUCUACGACAUCGUCCAGCGGCCCGAUCACCCUUCCCCCAAACUUGCGACAGAUCCUCCAGAUCCCAGAAACUCCUCCACCCUUACCGAGGAGGCCGCCCAGGAAUGAUGCCAACGGCAGGAGGCUGCCACCCGGUCCUCGCGCUCCCCAGAGCUGGAGCGCCCAGCGCAGAAACCUCGCCCGUCAGCUGGGCGGUCACUCGACCGAUCAUGCGGUACAUGCAGAGUUCCACCAAUUGCCCGGCACAUAUGCGCCCGAUCGAGGCUCCAUGACAGACCUGCUGUUGAGAAAGAUGGCUCUGGAGUGGGAGUUCCAGGGCGUCUACAAUCAGCACUAUCUGAGCUCCCUGCACAGUCGUCUGCGCUCGUCUCUGAUCGCGUACAUUGGCACGUACGGGGAGCGUGGUGUCACGGCCAGCGACAUCAGGCUCUUGGUCCUACCGCAGGGUGGAGGCUAUGACGAAGAAGGGGACGCAGAUCCUAGUGUCGAGGCCGUCAACGAGCUCAACAAUGACCUCUACUGUCUCGAUCUGUCCGGCUCCAUCACACACAGUCUGUCCGUCCGCGAGCUGACAGACGUGCUCUUUCCCCCACGGCUCGCCCGCACCGUCGAGGUCGUGCAGGACUCCUGGGACACGGCUGACGCGCCGUCUUUGCCGCCCAGGCUCCUCCCCAAAUUGACACACCUGUCGCUCGCCAUUCGCCCCUCGAACACCCCCACCGCUUCGUGGAAGCAGCUGCUUGCGCUGGCGGCCAAGGUCCCGACCCUCACGCAUCUCAGCCUGGCCUACUGGCCUGAGCCCUCGCUCACCCCGAACGCCAAAUUCUCGACAAUCGCUGGCGCGCAGGGUCGCGACGUGCCCUACAGCGGCACGGGGCCCUACUCGCAUACCCUGGACGACGACUGGACAGAGGCCAUCAUCCUGCUGCGCAGGUUGAGCAAGUAUCUCUACGGACUGGAGUACCUCGACCUGACCGGGUGCUCGGCAUGGUACUCUGUGCUCACGUACGAUCAAGACGGCGACAGGAUCGACUGGGAGGGGCACUGGGGCAAGAUGACGACGCUGAGACUCCGGUAUGGUUUUCCUAUAAGCGAGAAUACGCCCGAGGCAGACCGCGAGGCGCGGGCCAAGGCAAUCGCUGUCGCGGAGCAGGUGGAGAAACGAAUCGUGGGCAAGCGGGCUGGCAAGGGACGGUUCAUUACCGUGGAAAGAGACGAUACGGAAAGACAUAUAUGA